AUGGCGGAAUCCACAGAUUUGGAGCUCAAAGAGCUCUUUUCCUCAGCGAAUCCCAAUCUCGAACCCGAUGUACUCGCAGAACUAAACUCAAUAAUGCGGUUACACUCGAUCGAUCCUCAAGAGCUUUGGUACAAAUGGGAAUCAUACAGUAUGAAAAUGGGCUCGGACGAUAUGAAACUAAAUAUAGAUACUGUGAGGGCCCUCAAGCAAAGUGUUCAGGAUGGAUUGGAACGAGAGAACCGGAAUAAGGUGCAGGUUCUGAACUCCAACAAACGUGGAGGCGCAACACCUCGAAAUGUGACGAACAGCGGCGAUGUUUUUGGAAUAUUGGAUGGACUUGUACCCAACACUCCACGGGUUGGCUCAGCGAAUAAACUCAAUUCCACGAGCAAGCGGAGGAAUCUCGAAACACCUUCUAUGUCGAGAGUGAAGGCAGAACCUACCAGCAGUCCACCUGAUUUCAAGACGCCACGCGAUAAGAUUAGUGGCCAAGUACAAACCUCUUUCAAUGACCGCACAAACGCAGGCCAGGAAGUCGAAGUCCUCAAUCAACACCUUGCAGUUCCAGAACCACCGAUAGCCCCCUAUGCGGAACCACGAAUAAAGCUGGUCGCCAAUUCAGACAUCAAAAAGCUCUCCUACAAGCCAUUGGCUAUGAAGUCCUCCGAGGCGUCUGAGAUUCUGGAUGAUCGAAUAGAUGAGUUUAUGGGCCUUGUCCAAGAACACCUGAAUCUUGAGGAUUCUGCCUUCGGGAGUGCUGCAAAUCAAAGCACCAAUGAGAUAGUUGCUAUAGGACGAAUUGCGUCGGAUUCUGUUGAGGGGAAACUCAAUGCUUCGUCCCUUGUAUUGGAGACGUCUCGGCGGAUGGGCGGAGGGCUGCGGGUUCCACUGAAAGUCGACUCUCUGCCAGGAUUUCAAUUCUUUCCGGGUCAGAUUGUUGCGCUGAGGGGUAUUAAUGCUUCUGGUCAGGAUUUCACUGUGAGCGAGGUCUUAGAAGUACCCCUAUUGAAAUCUGCUGCCUCGACGCCUUCUGGACUCGAGGCUCACAUACAAAGACUAAGAGGUGACCCGGAUGCUAUGGAUUCCGACACUCCUCCCGCGCCUUUGAACAUUCUGUUAGGUUCUGGACCCUAUACAGCAGAUGACAACCUGGAUUUCGAGCCACUGCAUGCGCUUUGCAGCCAGGCAGCGGACACAUACGCCGACGCACUGAUUCUUGCUGGUCCUUUCAUCGACAUCGAUCACCCUCUCAUCGCCUCGGGCGACUUUGAUCUUCCAGAAGAAGCUAUGGCGGAACCAGACACUAUUACAAUGUCAACUGUCUUCAAAUACCUAAUCUCUCCGGCAUUGAACCAGCUCGUGGCUUCCAAUCCCCACAUUACCAUCAUUCUGGUUCCUUCCGUCAAAGAUGCCGUGAGUAAACAUGUCUCAUGGCCUCAAGAACCCUUUCCUCGAAAAGACCUAGGCCUACCCAAAACUGCUAAGAUCAUUGGAAAUCCAAUGACUCUAUCACUCAACGAAGUUUCUAUUGGGAUUUCAUCCCUAGACAUCUUCACACAAUUACGGAACGAGGAAGUCAUAGGAGGGAAACUUAAAGAUUCGUCUCUGCUUGCCCGAUUGCCGAAAUACCUGAUUGAACAGCGCAACUUCUUCCCCCUUUUCCCUCCAUCGGAUCGGGAAAGCCUCCCUAAGACGGGUACCGCGGAAGGAAAGCCCGCUGGCGCGAUGCUUGAUGUGAGCUAUUUGAAGCUGGGUGAGAUGGUCAAUGUGCGCCCCGACUUGAUGAUUAUCCCAAGUGCUCUGCCGCCGUUUGCAAAGGUUGUGGAAAGUGUUCUUGUUAUCAAUCCAGGGUUCCUUUCAAAACGAAGAGGGGCAGGUACAUAUGCGAGGUUGACAAUACAUCCUGCUUCUAUGACCGAUGAGGAGAGACAUUCGAAGACCAUGAUUGGCCACAAGCUUUUUGAGAGAGCACGAGUAGAUAUUUUAAGGAUAUGA